CUCUGAUCCAGAAGCCUUGCUGAUAUUUAUUUCUACUGCUAGAGAAAGAAAUUAUCAAAAUUUGACCAAAAUUUGAACAGACCACGAAGCAGUCUUCUGUACCAGAUCGAUCCUAAUAUAAAGAAAAAUGUGGAGUGACCUCUUCUACCCUGAUAAUCCUAAGAGAAGGGAGGAGCUCAUCCGCAAAAGUCAACAGUUUCAAGAUCUGAUGGAGAACAACUUCUAUGCCACCAACCAACUAAUUGAUGUUAUGAACAAGCACUUGAAUUGCUCCUUCCAACAUAUCACACUGAACGAGGAUGCUUCUCUCCAGGAGAACUGUAAAGUGAUGAUUGAAUGCAUGCAUAAGAUCCAGGAAGUGGUAGAGAAGAUUGACAAGGAGCUGAAGGAGAAGCUGGAACCCACCCUGUAUGAGAAGCUGCGAAACAAGUCGCUGCUUCCAGAAGACUUUAAACUGGUUUCAAUCGUUGUUGAAGGAGUUUGUGGUGUUGGAACUGUGGCAGCUACUACUGUAAUUUGUAUAUUAAUUCAUACUGAAGAUAUUCUGGUAGACUUAGUAAGUCAGAUUGGUAAAUUUGCAGCAGGGACAUUUGCCUGUGUUGGGUUGGGAGUGGUGUUUAUGGGGAUUGACAUGAUUGUUGAGGCCAUUCUUGGGAGCAUUGAGCGUGAUAAACUUGAGAAGGUCCUGAAAGAGUAUGACGAAGCUUUGAAAGAAUUCAAACCAGCGUCUGAAAAAUAUCAGGAUAACAUUACCUACAUCAGGAUCAAAAUUGAGGAAUAAGACAAAUGUUUUCUUUCUCCUGCCUGAAAUGUUCGCUGGAAUUAUAAACUAAUUAUUAUUACAUCUUUGUGCUUAAAAUCAUGCAGAAACACAUGAAAAUUUAGCUCAAAGUUACUUUGUUAAAUGAUAUGUACAAUGUAGAAAAAGUGUCCAGUGAGAAAUGAAUCACAGUUCUGCUUUUAAAAGACAACAACUGAAAAGAUAUGAUCUGUAAAUAUCUUGAUAUUGAUUAAACGUUUUCAUUUUGUGGUUGUGUUUAAGAAACAGCUAUCCAUUUAUUUUGUGAUUGUACUGUAAACAAUAAAUUCUGGGUUGAUUUAAUUUCUUAUUUUUAACCCUAUUAAUCUGACCCACAGUUUUAUCCUUAAAGAUAUUAUUUGUUUAU